AUGGGUCCAUCAAUACUACAUAAAGGGCACUUACAUCUGGAAUAUCAUAGUACACAAGCUUCAUGGAUCAUUUGGAAGAUAUUAAAGGCAAGACAGUAUUUGGAGAAUACACUGAUCACUAGAGCUGAAUUCCUCAGCCAACAGAAUUACUCUAUUAAAAAUAUGUACAACAGACUGAGAGGAACCUAUACAAAGAUUCAGUGGAAGAAGCUCAUUUGCAAUAACCAAGGAAGUCCUAAAUGGUUGUUCAUUCUGUAUUUAGCUCUGCAAAGGAAACUGUACACCAAAGAUAGAUUGAUAAAAUUGGGUAGGAACUACAGUCCAACAUGUCCAUUGUGUGAAGGAGCAGAUGAAAACAUUCGGCACAUAUUCUUCCUUUGUCCAAUAUCAGCACUCAUAUGGCAAAAGAUACUACAUUGGCAAGGCAUCUCAAAACCAGUACCAGGGUGGUUGGAAGAACAAAAUUGGGCCAAGAGCAAUGCAGCAGGAAACAAUUCAAAAGCUGAAAUCUACAGAAUGCCAUUGGCCGGCUGCGUCUAUUACCUAUGGCAGGAGAGGAAUCAAAGACUCUUUCAGAACAAAAAGAGGACAAAAGACACAAUGUUGGGGCAGAUCAUCCAAGAUAUCCACUAUAGAGGAACACCAACAUCUCAAUUGGCAAAACAGUUUGAGAGGCUUAAUUUUUAUCCUUAG